UCAAAUUGUCAUCACAAAACCGAAAAUUUAUUCAACUUCAGUCACCGAAAGGCUGUUGUUUAGAUUGUAGGGUUGUUAAAAUUAAAUAUUCAACGAAAAUGUUUUAGGAUAAGAAUCUUCAAUUAAAAUAACCGAAAGGCGAUAAAGUAUUACUAAUUGUUUAAUUUAUUUUAACAGAGGUACUUUAGUGUAACAGUGAUACUUCAUUGCGAAGAAGUUUACACAUGAAUAGCACCAUGUGCUUGUGAAAUAGAAGAAUAAUUUUACAACUCCGUCAAUUUAUGUAACUUCAAGAUGGAUUCAGGGCCAAAAGAAAAUUCAGAUUUGAUUAAAGCAAAUGGAAAGCCUAAUCAUGAAGAGCCCAGAGGUCCUCCCGACGGCGGAAUACGAGCAUAUUCGGUUAUGGUUGCUUCGUUCGUCAUAAAUGGCCUUGUCUUCGGCGUCAUAAAUUCAUACAGCGUGGUAUACCCUGUUCUACAAGCGAAUUUGGAAAAACAAGGAGUUUCUAACUCCGAAAGUCGAGCUGCUCUGGUGGGCGCUCUCAGCAUGGGAACCACAUUCUUUCUAUCGCCACUAUCUGGCGUACUGACCGGCGUGUUAGGACUUCGCUUGACUGCAAUUUUGGGAGGCAUCAUUUCUUGUACCGCCAUGCUUUUGUCUUCUUUCUUUGUCUAUAAUGUAGGAGUUUUGUGUUUCACAUACGGAUUUAUGUUUGGGUUAGGGGCGUCUUUCUCAUACACCCCUUCUUUGGCGAUUCUUGGCCAUUACUUUCGGAAGCGUUUAGCGUUUGUGAACGGAAUUGUUUGUGUGGGUAGUUCUAUUUUUACUGUCAUUAUGCCGCCAUUCAUGGAAUAUAUAAUAGAAAACCAUGGGCUGGCAUGGCUAUGCAGGCUCUUAGCUCUUUUAACAUCGGGCGCUGCUAUAUGUGGCUUCAUAUUCAAACCUUCUCCAUCAAUGGUGGUUAAAAAAGUAAGAGAAGACGACAGCUGGAAGUCGUUGUUAAAGAGUAUUAUAAAUGUACAGAUCUGGAAAAACAAGAAAUAUAGAUUCUGGGCACUUUCUAUGCCAAUAGCCUUGUUUGGAUAUUUUGUUCCUUACGUCCAUAUUAAAAAGUUAAUCGAGAGUAAUUUUGUUGAUGUCAAUACUAAUUUACCUUUGCAAUGUAUAGCUUUUACUUCUGGCAUGGGAAGAUUAAUGUUUGGUUUCUUAGGCGAUAGACCAGGCAUUGAUAAAAUUUUGUUGCAACAAAUAUCAUUCUAUGUAAUAGGGACCCUGACUAUUAUACUGCCUUUCGUUACUAACUUUGGCUUAUUGAUUGCGAUUGCUCUAGGUAUGGGAAUUUUUGAUGGCGCGUUUAUCGCGUUAAUGGGGCCCAUUGCAUUUGGGUUGUGUGGUGGCGCAAACGCGGCGCAGGCCAUCGGUUGUAUGUUAGGUCUUGCUGCCCUCCCGUUGUCCGUAGGUCCACCUGUGGCUGGAUACCUUUACAGCCUCAACGACUCAUACGUUUUGCCUUUCGUCCUUGCUGGCAUAUCUCCGUUGAUCGGCUCGACUCUUAUGUUUGCAAUUCGUUUCAUAAAAACUCCUUCGAAUGAUGACACUAAUCGCCCAGCUUCAAGUGGCGUUGAUAAGCCUGGCCUGUUACUUAGAAAUGGAGCUGCAAAUCAGCAGACAAAUUUAUAACAAACUUCCAAGUUUUACUGAAGUGCGAUUUAAACGAAAUUCUAUGUUUUAAUAGUAUAGUCGAACAUCCAGUUAAGAAGCGGAUUACAAAUAUUAGAAGUGAGUAAGCCAUAAAAUCCAUUUGGUAUAUAAUAUCAGAUGUAUACUGUGUAUCAUAGUGAUGAAUCAAUUGCAAGAAUUUAUUCAUCAUAUUUUCGUCAAUUUUACACACCAAACUAAAAAUUGCCUUAUUGACCAUUAAGUUUUAGCGUAGAGUUAAAAAAAGCGCACAGCGAGCAUUUCCAGACAUAUAAAUCAAUAGGUACUAGCUGUUGAAAUUUAUCGAUGAUAGACUUUAAAUAUUUUAAGUUAAGAUUUAUAAAUUAUUUGGUAGCAAUAAGUUUUAGGGCCGACAAGUUUUUACAUAAAAUGCAUUUAAAAUACAUAAAUUGCAUAAUACAUACUAUGUACGUGUUAGAUGGUUACCGUUGGAAGUUCCUAGUUUAGUUUUAAAAUGUCUAAGUGUGUUUUAUGAUUGGUUAACUAUAUUAUUGUUAGCUAGGAGCACAAAAUUGAAAACGCCGACGGAAGCAUUGAAUACAUUCUUUGAAUUCGUUGGAUACGCCUUCAUAUAUAUAGACAAUAGUAACAUAGUUACUAAUUUGGUGAUAUCUCUCCAAUUAAUAAUCUUGUGCUUUCAACAAUAUAUUUUCAUUAAAAUUUGUAAUAGUCUUCAUAAGUACAUUUGUUGACACAUACCUAAAUAAAAUUAGUUUUUUUAUGUCGAAUGUUAUAACAUGUUGGUACAUUUGUGUAAUGAUAUAAUUUAUAAUGAAAUGUGAUACCAGACGCUUAUAAAACAAUAGUGUCAAUCUAUUAUAUGUAUCGGAGAGACGUUGUAUAAAAUCGCUGAAACAAUGCCUAUUGCUCAAGUACUUCGCCUGCCUUCAUGGAAAUGAUGCUCGAACAUAAAUACAGUUUUAAACUGUAUUUGUAGGUGCCUAUUUAGAAUGAAAUCUUAAAAAGCUUUAUAGUUUCCGUCAAAUACUGCUUUUGAAGUCACUAGUAGCCAACUUCGGACAAGAAGAGCUACUUGACGAGAACAUUAGAAAAAAAAAUGUUUGGCGCUAAAGUCUCAAGUUGUAAUUUCUCCAAUGAAAACAGAAUCGUAUGAAUAUUAGAUAAAUUGUAUUGAAAAUUUAUCUGAAAAAAAAAACAGUAAAAGAAUCACGUGUGUAAUCUGAAUCUCGAUAAAGUAACAACAUUAGUUACGUUAACCGGAAUGUAUUGACGUAGUAAAUGCCAAUGUAGGUAUUGAAAUUUGACGAGCAGUUGCAUCAGAACUUGAAUUCUAGACUUACUGUUGACACAAUUUGAUAGUAUCAAUUAAUAGAAAAUAUUUUUUUGUAAAAAGAUAGUAGGUAAUAGAAUGUGCAAUAGCUAGUGAAAUAACGAAUUACUUUAUCUCAUUAUAUUUUAUAAAAAAAAAAAACCAAUUUGUCUGGUUGCUAGUUCUGAUUCAUGUUUAUAAAGACCUACCGAGCUAGUUGUGCAGUUUGCCAAAAUAGCAACUAAACUUAUUUUAUCCCUCAGUAUUUAAUGGGGAAAUUCAAUCACCUAUAAAUUGAAAUCAAAACUAUCAGGCAUCAGUGGGUCUUUGAAAACUACGGAUAGGCAAUAUAUUCAGCCGCUUAUAGUCUACGAAUUGUAGUCAUAUAGAAGUCAGUCAGUUUCAAUAGUAGCUGAACAAAUCGAAAUUUUCAAAACCACUUAACAUCGUGUCGUCGAUAACUUACCUACCAGAAUUCAGAAUUCAUAUAUUUUUGUGAAGUUUAGGAUGUUAAGUCAAUUUUAGCGUGUAUUGUAAAGAAAAUAUGACCCUUUACGUUGUUGGGCACUUUUGAAAAUACUGAUUUGUUCAACUACUUUUUACGCUGACCUUACCUACCUAGUUAGAAGUUUUUUAUAAUAUUGAAAUAAUUGUGGAAUUUGAUGUCAGGCUUCUUAUUUAUGUAUCUCUUUAUUUAAUAGUAUUAGUAGUUAAAUGUUUUCUUUGACUGUUCUAAUAAUUAUAAUUUAUGAUAAGGAAUGGCGUGUCAGACGAUGUAGUACCUACUGACUUAAAAGCAUGUAUAUUAUAUAUCGUCAUACAAAAGCUGUGAUAUAAAAUUCAUAAUCAUUGUUAAUGUUUAUAGAUUUCUAAUCUUAGAAUAAUAUUUAUAAAGAAAAUGACGAGUGCGAAAUUUUCACUUAUAGUUAGUUAAUCUUUCAUAAUAUUUUAUUAAAUAUUCAAAGUGAAUAACUAAGGUGCAAAUUAGUUGGUAAUACGAAAAUUAUUUUAAAUAUAAUGCAUUCUUUAUAACUACCUAAAUACCAAAUGUAAUCAAAUAUACCUACUUAUUUAUUGAAUCCUAUCAUACCAAAGUCAAAUUAAUGUAUUUUCUGAAUGUUUAGCGGUAUUUAGAUGUACCUCUGAAUACCCACAUGACAGCUUAUGUAUAAUGAAAUCUUUCUAAAAAAAACUUCACUUAAUAACUCUCAAAAUCAAUUCUCUAAUUUAUUAGGUUGGUUUGAAUGGAUAUCGAGUGUAUUCGUUAAUUAAAUAAAUUAAAUUAUUUAAUUGGGGACACGAGCCGUUAAUUCAAGCGUUACAGGGUAAAUAGAAUAGUUAUCAGUAAGUAUAAAGACAAAUUUCUUAACCUAUAAUCUCCAUUUAUCAAAUCUGUUUAUUUUGAGGGUAAAGUAAGCAAAUUUUAGCAUAUAUUUAAUUCUAAUAGUGACUCAAACCAUCUCUUCAAAGAGUUUAAAAUCCAUCUCCAUUUUUAUGAUUGAAACUGUUGCUACAUAUAUGUACCUAAAAAUAGUUCACACAGGUACUUUCUAGAUGUUUAGAGGUAAGUUUGUUAUUUGAAAUGCGAACAUUGAUAUUUUUUUGGAGUUUCGUGUUCAUGUGCAUUUGGUUCUCUGAUCGUUUACUGCCUCCAAAUAUCUCGGAAUAAGUUACGAUGUCCUCCAUAUUUUUAUUUAUUACUACAUGUUAAUUCUCCAUUUAAACUUUUGUAAAAUAAUCUAAAGCAUAUUCGUGUUCCUACCUCGAUUUAAGAUAUUUUUACUUAAUUAAUUAUUUAGAACAUUAUUAUCUAUAUAAUUUUACAUAAUGUUAUGCAUUUCUAAUGUUUAAUUUAGUGUUAUUGUGUGUUUCUGUUUACCCGCAUGGUCUGUGAACAUUUGAAAUCAUGGAGGUACCUACAUACUGUCAUAUACUUAGUAUCAACCUGUUGAGUUCUUCUGCUUAAACCUAAUAAACGGUUGUUUUUCUCAAUAGAUUUAUAUAUCUAUAACUUUUCAUCAGACGAGUACCUACCUAUAGCAUAAAGAUCGAUGACAAAAACAAUAUAGUAUUUCAAAUGUUCACCGACAAUUAUUUAUAAAGGAGUAUAUUUCACCUUGUGCAAAUGUUGAUGGAUGCAUCAAAGAGGAUUUUAUCUCAAUAAUUUGAGUUGCAAUGUACGUAUUUUAUUUUGUUCAAGUACCUAUCUAUAUUAUUUGACAAUUGUUUUAAGACAUGACCUAACCUACUACAGUGUAGUUGGAAAAUAAAAUAAAAUUUUAAACCAU